AUGUCAACCCCAAGACCGCGAAAAGCGCUCGUGAUUGGCGCAGGACCGGUCGGAUCGCUCACUGCGAUCUGCCUUCAUCGACGAGUAUGGGAGGUGGAAGUGUGGGAGUCUAGAGAGGACCCCAGAGGUCAGUCGACGGAAAUGGCGAAUCUGCGAUCGAUCAACCUCAACAUGUCGGCUCGUGGUCUUGAGGCUUUACGAUCUGUGGAUCCUUCACUAGCCGAGAUGCUGCAGAACGAGUCCAUCCCAAUGAAAGGUCGAAUGAUCCACCACGUCUCCCCUACCAUGCCCCCCUCCUCACAGAUAUACGAUCCCCGCACCCAUCAAGUCGGCUACUCCCUCUCCCGCCCUAUCCUGAACCAGCGCCUCGUGGAGGCUCUCCCCUCCGACGUCAAGAUCCGGUUCAAGACCAAGCUUAGCAGGGUGGACUUCCGCAAGCGCCGCGCCUGGGGGAUCGGGGCGGAGGGUGGGAAGGCGUACAAACUCGGAGAUGAGGCUGGGGGUGCGAAUGGGGAUAAGAGCGAUGGGAAGACGGAGGAGGCGGAGGAAGAUCAUGAAGGAACGGGAUUCGAUCUGAUUAUCGGGGCGGAUGGGAGCUGGAGUAAGACUCGGUCAGAAAUGAUGCGUGUAGAGCGGGUAGACUUUUCCCAGUCGUUCAUCCAGCACGCAUAUAUCGAGCUGCAUAUGCCGCCUGAUGCGUCAAAGCCUGGCGGAUACGCGAUGGACGCAAACCACCUGCACAUCUGGCCAAGGCACUCCUUCAUGCUCAUCGGCCUGCCAAAUAAGGACGGCUCUUUCACCCUCACCCUCUUCCUUCCCUUCUCGUCUCUCGCAACACUCGAGACCCGCCCCGCCGCCGAAGCGUUCUUCAGGGACAACUUCCCCUCAGCGGUCGACAUUGUCGGUAUCAAGCCCCUAGUCGACGACUUCGAGAACAACCCUCGAGGUAAUCUCGUCACCACUCAUGUCCUGCCAACCAGCUAUUCGAGUCAUGCAGUCCUCCUCGGCGAUGCGUCACAUAGCAUGGUCCCCUUCUACGGCCAAGGGCUGAAUUGUGGACUCGAGGACGUCCGUGUCUUCAACUCUUACCUCGAGCGCUUCAAUGUCCCGCCAACGACCACUUUACCCCUUGGCGAGACUGAGCCUGUCCUGGAACAAGCUCUCGCAGCAUACUCGGACGAGCGCGAUAAGGACCUGCGCGCCAUUACCGAGCUCGCCAUGCAGAACUACGUUGAAAUGCGCUCCAAAGUCCUCUCGCCCCUGCACAUCCUCCGGCGGCAUCUCGAUACCCUCCUCUCCAACCUCAUCCCCCGGCCCGCCUCUGCCUCCCCAGCAAGCGGUUUCGGUAUCUCCCUGACCGACCCCUUCCCUGGUCAGCCCGUACGCGGCUGGAACUCGUUGUACGAGAUGGUGACUUUCCGGCCUGAUAUUGGGUACGCGGCGGCGCUGGAGCGAGAGAAAUGGCAGGGGAGAGUGGUGGAGCGCGUAGCGUGGGGAUUGGGAGUUGGAACGGUGGGUGUGGCAGGUGUGGCGGCAAGCUGGGGUUACAGAAUGUGGGCGAGAAGGGCAUGA